AGCACACUAAAAAGAAGUGCAAUAAAUAAGUGUGUUAUUUGAGUGCUAAAUAUAGCCAGCAUGUCGACUAAAGAGGAGUAUGACUGCAUAGUGAUCGGGGCCGGGGUCCAGGGCUCUUUCACGGCUUAUCAGCUGGCAAAGAACAACAAGAAGACUCUUCUGCUGGAGCAGUUCGUUCUGCCUCACACUCGAGGGAGCUCCCAUGGCCAGACCCGCAUCAUCCGCAAGGCCUACGAGCAAGACUUCUACACCCACAUGAUGGAGGAGUGCUACCAGCUGUGGGCUCAGCUGGAGAGGGAGACUGGUGUCAAACUGUACAGACAAACAGGACUCCUGGUGAUGGGACCAGAGAAAAGUGAGAAUUACCAGAUGUUUAAGAACACCCUGCAGAAGAACAAGGUUCCUACUGUGGUCCUGAGCCGUGACAACUUCAGCCAGCACAUCCCCCAUGUCACCCUUGCUGAAGGAGACGGAGCAGUGGUGGACAUUACUGCUGGAGUGCUGUAUGCAGACCGAGCACUCAGAACUGUACAGGGGCAGUUUCAGAAGUUGGGUGGUGUCAUCAGAGACAAAGAGAAGGUAACAGACAUCAAGCCUGGCCCUACUGUGAAGGUGUCAACUUCUGCUGGUGUUUAUGGAGCCAAGAGCGUGGUGAUCACUGCUGGACCCUGGGCCAACAGACUGCUGGCCCACACUGGCCUACAGCUACCACUAGAGGUGGUAAAGAUUAACGUGUGCUACUGGAAAGAGAAAGUUCCUGACACAUAUAACGUGAAGAAGCGCUUUCCCUGCUUCUUACUGACUGAGGGAGAGGAGGCCAAUGAGCACAUCUACGGCCUCCCAUCCAAUGAGUACCCAGGCUUGGUGAAGAUAUGCUACCAUAUGGGCAGUGUGACGGACCCAGACCAGAGAGACAAGCAGACAGACAGGUCUGACAUCGAUAUCCUCCAGCGCUACGUGGCCCGCUGUUUACCUAAACUGGAUCCUGAACCUGCCGUGGUGGAGACCUGCAUGUAUACGCUCACACCAGACCGUCAUUUUGUGCUGGACUGCCACCCCGCCCAUCGUAACAUUGUGAUUGGAGCAGGAUUCUCAGGUCAUGGCUUCAAGUUUGGACCAAUCAUUGGCAAGCUGCUGUGUGAGCUCAGCCUGGGAGAAGUGCCGUCCUACGACCUUUCACCUUUCCGUAUUAGACGCUUCCAGGCCAACCCCAAAUCAGCUUUGUAGAGCCAGGAUGUCAACAUACCAUCAAGAACUACUGAUUGAUUGUACUUGAAUAGAGUUUGAAACCCACAGUGAUUGUGCUAUUUUGUCUGCUGCUUAAUGUGAUGUCAGUUUUUGUUUUCACAUGGUGUCAUCCAUCAGAUUGUAAUGAAACCAUUUCUUGAGCAUUUUGGGAACUACUUAUUUGCUGAGAGUGAGAUGAGAAGAUCGAUACCAAUCUCAUAUGUAAACUAAAUAUGAAGCUAGUUCCAGCGGGCAAUUAGCUUAGCAUAAUGACUGGAAACAGGGAGUGACUAGUUGUUGUUUUAUGUGCUGGAAAUACUGAACGUCUAAGCCAGGCGUGGAAUGCAACGCACCUGCUUCCAGUCUUUAUGCUAAGCUAAGCUAACCGCCUACUGGCUGUACUGUAGCUUCAUAUUUACCAUACAGACUUGAGCGUGUUAUUGAUCUUCUCAUCUUGUUUUUCUUAAAGCAUGUUUAAAAGAAACAAAGGAUAGGUAUUAGAGAGGAGAUGUCUCCUGGUUAGCAGAUUUCUUUCUUUAAUGAUCUUUAACUUUCUUUUCAUCGACGCCAGUGGAUGAAAAGAAAGAUCAUUACAUGUAAAGAUGCAUCCUUGUAUUCAAAAUACUUUAAUUUAAAAUAAACUGUCUAAAUAAUAGGGCUGGGUAUCAGUACUGGAUACCUUUAAGGUAUUGACCAAAAUAAAUUGAAACCAAGUAGUAUCAAAACAUCUCCCGUCAAAUGAUACUUGCAAUCAAUCCUUUUUGCACCCAGAGCUAGAAAAUAUGACUAUUUGUAUGGACUUGCUCACAGCCAAUCAACACGAGCGUUCUUCGAUUUAAUGUGACAUGUGAUUGGCCCAUCCCUUCUGUGGUGGUGAAGUUGGGUAUCAAAUGAAAUACUCAAUUAUCAGUAUCACUUUAAGGGUACUUGGAUUGGUACUGAUAUCGUAAUUUUUUAAACGAUACCCAGCCCUACUAAAUAAGUAGAUUUUUUAAUGCUGAACUUUGAAAAAAUUCAGUGUGUCGCUGCCGUCUAGUUGAACAUUUCCAUCUAUUUCACCUCUUACCUUCCGACUUGUGCUCUGUAGCCAAAACUGAUGUCACCCUGGAGUACACUUCUGCAUCACUACAGUGAGGUGAAAAGAUAAAACACUGGCACAUACAUACAAGAUUUUCAGCUGAUGUUAAGUAUCAAUACUUCAAACUUUAAAUAAAGUAAUGCUUCCAAAAUAAGGUCGGGGGAAGGGGAGAAGUCUAAUUACUGACCUGCUGUAAGUGACCAAGUUACUACAGUGCAUGCAAAUAUAUGUUAUCCCAUCACCUGGUUUCUCUCAUUGACUUGGUUUCUUGUGUUCAUGUACAUGUUCUGAGUGACUGUGGUGGAACUGGUUAGUGAUGAAACUAUGAGCAGUCUACCUCAGAGCUGCAUGUGGAACUACAGACCAAGUACUACAGACCAAGUCCUCAUCACUGUUGUUUUAAUUAGUCAGCUGUAUGACAUCCAAAUUUCAUUAUACAGAUUAACAUGAAUUAAUGAAUGGAUGAAUGACAGAAGGAAGGGGGAAAAAGUCCUGUAGAAUUAGAAGUCUAGAUGUUCUAUAAAGCAGUAUAAAGUAAUGAACUGGACAAACUAAUCCUGCCUUCAUUUUAAACUGAAUUCCAACACUGACAACUCGAUUCUAACAUUGUUGUGUAAUUGUAAAUUCACUGAUCUGUGACAAAUAAUAAUAAAAAAGCUAUAAUCUUA